UCUACGGUUUCGGUUCGGGGUGGUCGCUCUGGGUCUGGGUCGUUUUUCUGAAUUUGGUUCCAUCUCCAAAAAAAAAAAAACCGCACCAAAUCGUCGGGAGCUUCGGUUGCGUUUUUUCCCCUCGUUUUUCUUUUGUUCUUUUCCCGUUUUUGCGGGUGUUAUUUGUUAGUUUUGAGUGUUAUAUUUCGAUUUUCCCCCACCUUGAAUACGACCCAGAGUUUUUCGAGUGAUUCGUGCGGAACCAUGCGCUAAGAGGAUCGAUCGACCGCAGCGAUCAUGCAAAGUUCCUUUCCCGACAGCGGAGUGCAUCAACAGGCGCUGGUGGUGGUGUGCGGUGCAGAGUUGUGUGUAGUGCCACAGUGCUCGGAAUGUGUGCGGUGCCGCAGUGCCACUGCUUGAUGUGCGCGUAUCGAUAAACAUUGAAAACCCCUUAGUGCUCACCCCGACCUGUAGUGCAUGCCGUUAUCUAACACUCGAUGAUGGGAGAUUGCGUCGGACGUGCGGCGAACCACAAGAGCAACGGCACCACCACCAGCAUCCUACACAGCGCAUCGCCCCAGAUCGUCCUGCCGAACGGUGUGAUUCUGAACCGCCGGCCCAAGUCGGAUACGGCCGCCCUGAACGAGUGUCUGCUGUGCUGGAACCAGCCGCAAGAUCCGAGCCGCUGUCCGAACUGUGCCCGCCAGUACUGUCUGCAGUGCAUCACCAAGUGGUUCGGUGCGAAGCGGGCCCAAACGCCCGACGGUGGCAUCGACUGUCCCAACUGUCACGCGAAGCUACCGCUCGAGAAUCUGGUGCAGUGUGCGGCCGCGGUGCAUGAUAAGCUGGCCAGUGGCGCCUGUGAACCGGUCCACCUCAGCAACGGGGACGCCUGCAAUGGGUCACUUAAGCUGAACGGCAAUGGGUCGGCCACACCACCACCGACCGCCGAGAAGGGUACGAUUCGCGUGGUGGUGAAGGUGCUGGAAAGCGAUGCCGAUGCGAUACCGAACGGCUCACAGACCGUGCUCACGAACGGAACGGUUACGGCGGCCGACUGUGCCCUGCCGAACGGUUCCAGCUCGGAAAAGAUGCAUCCACCGAUGACGAACGGCAAGCAGCAGCAGCAGCAGCAGCAGCCGGUGAAGCAGCAUGACAAGCGAAAAGAUAACACAUCACCGCAGCAGAACGGUACGGAAUUGGACCCUGUCGGGAAGCAGGCAGGUUCCGGCCCGUUGGAAAACGGACGAAACAAACCAAAACCACCACAGCCCAUCAUCUGUAACGGGGUGCAUCCGGAGACGACGUCCAAGGAGCGCAAAAGCGCAAACCAAAGCAAUGGAAGACCCACGGUGACGUUCGAGGAAGCAAAGCCAACACGCCGAAACGGCUACCGUAGCAAACAGGCGGCUGAGAGUGCAAAGGCUACGGUCGUUGAAAAGCAACCAUCGCCUCCGAUUGACGACCAGGCAAGCCUGGCGAGAUCCUCACCCGUGACUGCAGCUUCGCCGGAAAGGGUUGUGCGGGACGAUGACUCCUCUACUGCCGGGGUCUCCGAUAACCUCUGUCCAACGCACGCGCUGCCGAUGCUGUUCUUCUGUCUGUCUUGUAAUGGAUGCAUCUGCGAGACCUGCGCCCUGCACGACGACACGCAUGCCGAGCACACGUUCAAGAAGAUCACCACCAUGUACGACAGUAAGGUGGAGAAGAUCCGGCACGAGUUCGGUGGCAUCAGGGAGUAUCUGGCCGACGUCGGUACGGUGCUGCGUGCCAUCGAGCAGAACAUUGACUGGGUGCGGGCGUCCAAGGCACGGAAGCUGCAGGAGCUGAGCCAGCUGCUGCACACCGAGGCGGAAAACAUAGAGCGCCAGAUACAGGCCAAGCUGACGCUGCUCCAGCGCCAGAAGGACUCGGUGGCGGGCGAGAUUGCGCGCGUCACCGGCGCUUACCGGCGGUUGGAGAGUGAACUGAAGGCGUGCCCGAAACCGGAGCUACUCUUCAAGGACGGUGACUUUCUGCAGCGCUGUGCUCGGUUGAUUGAAACACCCGCCUCGAAGUCGUUCCGCCACGAGCACGUCCCGGUGGAUCUGGAUUGUGAGUUUGUGCCCGAGUUCCGGUCGGAGGUGUUCGUCAUCAAGAACUAUCACGCGAUCGAACCGAUGGAAGAAUGCCGAACCUCGGAUGUGUUGCGCGAUGUGGUCGGGUUCGGGUGGCGUCUACACAUCUGGAAGAGUGAUCAUCUCUCGGUGACGCUCAUCAUGACGGACGGCGUUAUUGGAAGAUACGAAUACUGCAUCGAGCUAAUGCACGAGGAUCCGGCGAAAGCGAUCAGGCUAACACAGAUCGAUCACUUCGAGCUGCACCAAACCGGCCCGGUACACGAUCUGAUCGAGAACGAGCAGCUCGAGGUGGAAGGCUUCCUCAAUCCGGAGGACGACUCGCUGCAGAUCAAGUUCUCCGUCCGUCCGCCCACGAUCGUCAUGGUGAGCCGGUACCAGCAGGAGUUUAUCGAUCGCUUCAUGAAGGAUAACAUCAACGAAUACGACAGCAACGUAAUCACGAUCUGCAACAUUCGCGAUCCCACGACGUCGAUCGUACUGUCGAAGCAGUACACCGACACGGUCGGCUCCCGGUGGCGGCUGAACGUGUAUCCGAAGGGGAACAACACCAACCAGCGCUACCUGAGCACGUAUGUGGAGCUGUGCGAUGGUAUCGCGGGCAGAUAUCAGUACACGGUGGAGCUGCUGCACGAUGAUGUGACGCGCCAGGUAAAGUUCCAGUCGGAGGACCACUUCAAGGUGGGCGAUAUACAGGGCUACCAGAAGUUUAUCCGCGUGCGACGGCUACUGGAGGAGGGCUAUCUGAACGAGGAGGGCUCGAUUCUGAUUCGCCUCUCGAUUCGACCGGCCAACCUUGCGUUGCGCUGCCAGUAUCAGGAGGAGUACCAAACGCUUAAGGAGGACAAACUGCGCACACAGUUCAAUGCCCAGCUGAACCAAAACCUAACCAGGAUAAAGAGCCUGCGCGACGACAAUGCGUCCCUGCAGGCGCUAGUCUAUCCGGAGUACGCGUCCAACAUCUUCGUGGUGCGCAACUUCAGUGCCCUGCGGGAGGCCCAGGAGGACAUCUGCUCGGACAAUGCGUACGACGAUCUGGGGUGCUGCUGGCGGCUGAUCGUGUACGCGAACGGUGAUAAGGAGGGACGCGAUGAGUGGCUAAGCGUGUACCUGAGACUGCUAGAAGGCAUUCCGGGAAGCUACGAGUACUGCGUGGAGCUGUUGCACAACGACGCUGCCAAGACGGUCAAAAUGGAGGGGACACAGUCGUUCGACAUACAGGAGCGCUUUGGCUGGACGCGCUUCGCCCGGCUGGACUGGAUCUGUGCGAAUGGGUUCGUCAGCGAGGAGCAGGACGCGCUGUACUUUCGAUUUUCCCUCCGGCCACCGAACUACAAGGCAAAGUGCGAAUAUCACCAUCUGCUGCGGCUGGAAGCGAAGCGGGAAUGUGAACUACUGAAGCGUGAACUGAUACCGUCGUACAGCACGAAGACAUACACGUUACGCAACUUUUCGGAGAUGCAGCGCAAGGAUAGCUUCAUCUAUUCGGACCCACUGGUGGACGAUCUAGGAUUCACCUGGAGACUGCUAAUCUACGCCAACGGACACAAUGAGGCGCGUGGCAAUCAUCUCAGCAUCUAUCUGAUACUAUUCGAAGGUGUAUCUGCCAGCAGGUUCGAGUACCGGGUGGAGCUGCUACAUCCCCAAAAUCCGACCGCCAACAUCAAGAUGGAGGGCGUGAACGUGUUCAAGCUGAAGAAGAUCUGGGGCUGGCCACAGUUUAUGGAUCACGAGCGGCUGCAGGAGGAGGGCUACCUCGACCAGUCGGCCGACACGCUCGAGUUCCGCCUGUCCAUGUGCCCGCCGGACAUUAAGCUGAAGUGUGAAUAUCAGCAGGAGUUUAUACGCAAGCUUAAGGAAAAUCAGAAAUAGUGGAUUAGCGUCGAGAAACAAACCAAAAAAAAACUACAACGGUCAGCCUUAAAACUGCCAGUCCGAGGUGGCUUGUCGGGUAAGGGCAGUGUGUAAAUGGUGAGGAGUUUCGAAGAGAAUGUGUCGUGUUUAGAUGUACACUGGGCCACUGGGGAACAUGAACACUCGAACGAAUCGAACAAGCCGGACAAAACCCGUGGCGUCCUCGGAAGUCAUCCACCAUGUUUGGUGGUUAGGAGCAGCGUGCACGCGCGAUGAAGCAGAAAACACGCGCGCCGAGCUUAUCGCGUACAACGAGUUUACGCAACCGAGUGUGUGUGUGUGUGUGCGGAUGGAUGGGAUGCGCACAGAAGAGAAUGUGUUUGAGUGCGCGCGGGAAUGAAAAUGAAAUGAACACGUUCCUAGUGUGUCGUUGCAUCGUUUUUGGACACCUUCGUUAUGGGGUAGGGAGGUUGGGGGAGGAGUUUCGGUGUACUGUGCGGAUUUUUUUGUUAGUAUAAAUUUUCUUUCCGACACCGCGCGCCGUGCACGGGCCCGAGCGUUGAUAUAUAAAUCAAAGCUAAUGUUCGAACAAACCCAAAAGCAUGAGCAUGAGCGAAGAACAUGGUAGCGGUGGUUGAUAGCUCUCGCAAAAGAAAGCGAAGAUAAGGGGGGGGGGGGGGGGAGACGGUUUUGAAAUGUGGGGCGGGGGCUGGUAGCCGUUUCUAUAUUUUUAGCAUAAAAGUGUAAGGAAUUCGAUACGCGACACCGGCGAUCAUGAUGAUGAUCAUGCUGAUGAUGGUGAUGAUGCUGCUGCGGUUAGCGCAAGAUCACCGGCGAGAUGGGGCGAAAUGAAAUCAGAAGCGACGACGGGUCAGCCACACACAUAUACACUCACUCAUGGAUGUAGAGGCGUUCUAGUGUGCCAUCGACGAACUGACCAAAGAUACAAACCGGAAGCGCAAGUGUACUCGCGCUUGGAAACGGAACGAACGAAGCGAGCGAGAGAGGAGACGAACAAAAACAAAAGUCAUAAAACGAGGGUUUGGGGAGUGAAAUGUCGUACGGUAACUUGUAGCCAAACCGUUGGUAAGUGGCUUGGGAGGUGCUUUAUGUUCCUCCCGUUUUAUGAUCGACUCGCUGCACGCUGACCACGGGGACGCAGGGAGCGUAUGUGUAGAUUGUAUAUUAUAUUUAUUUUGCUCGGUUUUAGUUUUCGUGUCACUGCUUGCGUUCACGUCCCUGGGGGCGUGUGCGCGGGAAGUACGGGGGAGAGUGAGUGGGGCCUUGUAUGAAGUUUAGGAUAAAUAUCGCACCGAACGGUAUCACGGUGGACACGGUAUGCUUUUUUUUUGUAUAUUAUGGUUUAGACUGUUUUUUUGGCCGCCCGUAUCUUUGACUGGUAGAUUCGUAACGGGCGUAACGUGUAGCCUGUUCCUUUCCUGUUCCACUCUUUGAAGGGUGCGGGAGGAGGAGCGUUUAAGUAGUCGAAAAGAUGUCUUUGUUUUUUGUUUUUCCUUUUGUUGUUUACCGCCGACUGUCCUCGCGGUAAGUGGGAGAAAAGAGUGGGUUAUAAAUUUAUUAAUAUUUUCUCUUUUGCGUUUCAUCCACGUUUAUGUGUUCUUGCCGUGCGGUAUCGUGCGAUUUGGCGCGGCUUAGGAAGGGGGAAUACUGGGGGAGGGUUAGUUUUUUUUCUUUUCUAUUACAAUUGUGCACCAUGAUGAGAUUGGUUUUCAUGUCUCAGUGAACGAGAGCAAAAAUACAAUAAAAGAAUAUUUUGCAAACAUG